UAUAUGUGACAUUUCCUUCAUCUUUUUCAUUUGCAUAAUGCAUUAUUUUUUUGAAUUGAGAUUUUCUUCAAUUGAUGUAAAAAAUUAACCUUUUUUCAAUCGAAGAAGGAAGUGUCACAUAAUAUUUGACAUCUGCCUCAAAAAUUUGAAAUAUUCAUGUAUUUAUAAUCAUUGUUCUUUGUUUUUUUUUUUAUUUUGACCUUGAAAUGCUCACUUAGAACUACAAGGAGAACAAAAAGAAUACCAUAUUUGAUUGACAUGGAAGAACAAAUGGGUAAAGAAGACAUUGUGAGGAAAAUGAGUGAUGGAAGGAAGAGGAAGAGUUUUGGGGAGUUGAUAAGGACCUCAGAAAGCUUCCACGAUGAUGUGUUUGAGAGAAGUGUAAGGGAAAUAAGUAAAGAGGAGGAGCAGAAAUGGGAAAAUUUAUGGAGGCUUCCAACAUAUGAUAGGAUGAGAAAAGGGAUUUUGAAACAUGUUUUGGAUGAUGGAAAAGUUAACUAUGAAGAGGUUGACAUUACCAAGCUUGGGGUGCAAGAAAAGAAACAUCUUCUUGAGACCAUACUAAAGACUACUGAAGAAGACAAUGAGAAUUUUCUCCACAAGAUUAGGGAUAGGAUUGAUGGGGUAGGAAUCGAAAUUCCCAAGAUUGAAGUCCGGUUUGAGAAUUUAUCAAUCAAAGGGGAUGCAUAUGAUGGAACCAGGGCCUUGCCAACAAUAGUCAAUGUUAUCUUGAAUAUAAUAGAGGGAAUUUUGGGUUAUAUGAAGAUUUUGCAAUAUAAGAAAAGGGUUGUGAAGAUUCUCAAAAAUGUUAGUGGAAUUGUGAAACCAUCAAGAAUGACUUUACUUUUGGGACCUCCAGGUUCAGGAAAAACCACCAUGCUACAAGCGCUUGCUGGAAAAAUGGACAAGGAUCUAAGAGUAUCGGGAAGAGUCACUUACAAUGGUCUUGAAUUGUCAGAAUUUGUUCCCCAAAGAACGUGUGCUUAUAUUAGUGAGCAUGAUGUUCACCAUGGAGAAAUGACAGUGAGAGAGACAUUGAACUUCUCCGGACGCUGCAUGGGAGUUGGAUCAAGGUAUGAUAUGUUGGCAGAAUUGUCAAGACGAGAAAUAGCAACAGCUAUUAAACCAGAUCCUGAGAUUGAUGCUUUCAUGAAAGCCACAUCAAUGGAAGGUCAAGAAACAAGUCUUCUUACAGACUAUAUUCUCAAGAUUCUUGGGCUGGAUAUAUGUUCUGAUAUUUUGGUUGGAGAUGAGAUGAGAAGGGGCAUAUCAGGUGGACAAAAAAAGCGUUUAACUACCGGUGAGAUGUUGGUGGGACCUGCAAAAGUCCUCUUUAUGGAUGGAAUUUCAACUGGUUUGGAUAGUUCUACCACCUUUCAAAUUGUCAGGUUUAUGAGGCAAAUGGUUCAUAUAAUGGAUGUCACUAUGAUAAUCUCACUUCUUCAACCUGCACCAGAAACAUAUAACCUUUUUGAUGACAUAAUAUUACUUUCUGAAGGUGAGAUUGUGUAUCAAGGUCCCCGUGAGAGUGUUCUAGAUUUUUUCCAAACUGUGGGCUUUAAGUGCCCAGAAAGGAAAGGAAUUGCAGACUUUUUACAAGAGGUAACUUCUAGAAAGGAUCAAGAGCAAUACUGGUUCAAAAGGGACAUACCUUAUCAAUAUGUUGGUGUGCCUGAUUUUGUAGACCACUUCAAUAAUUACAACAUUGGUAAACAACUUCAUGAAGAAAUGAAAGUUCCAAUUGAUUCUAAUAAAACUCAACAUACUGCAUUAGUGAAGGAAAAGUAUGGAAUAUCUAAAUGGGAACUCUUCAAGGCAUGCUUUUCAAGAGAAUGGCUAUUCAUGAAGCGUAGCUAUUUUGUGUAUAUAUUUAAGACUUUUCAGAUUACUGUCAUGUCUAUAAUAACCAUGACAGUAUUUUUUAGAACAGAAAUGAAGCACAAUAAAAUUGAAGAUGGAGGAAAAUAUUAUGGUGCACUGUUUUUCAGUCUUAUCAAUGUUAUGUUCAAUGGAGCAACAGAGAUUGCAAUGACUGUUAAUAGACUUCCUGUUUUCUUCAAGCAGAGAGAUUUACUAUUUUAUCCAGCAUGGGCUUUUGCAUUGCCCAUUUGGGUCCUCAGAGUUCCUAUAUCUCUAUUGGAAUCAGGAUUAUGGAUCAUCCUCACUUAUUAUACUAUUGGUUUUGCUCCAGCAGCUAGUAGGUUUUUCCGUCAACUAUUGGCAUUCUUCUGUGUGAAUCAAAUGGCUCUAUCCCUUUUUCGCUUCAUUGCUGCUGUUGGAAGGACAAGAGUUGUGGCUAACACACUUGCUUCCUUAACAAUUUUAAUUGUAUUUGUCCUAAGUGGAUUUACUGUUUCAAGAGAUGACAUUGAACCAUGGAUGAUAUGGUGCUACUAUGCUUCACCUAUGAUGUAUGGACAAACAGCAAUAAGUAUAAAUGAAUUCCUAGACAGAAGAUGGAGUUCUCCUAACAAUGAUCCCAGAAUUGAUGAACCAACAGUUGGGAAGGCUUUUCUUAAAGCCAGAGGAAUAUUUACAGAAGACUUGUGGUACUGGAUAUCUAUUGGUGCUCUUAUAGGAUUUUCUCUAUUGUUCAAUGUUUGUUUCAUUCUCGCUCUAACUUACUUGGACCCAUUCAGAAGCAAUAAAUCUAUCAUUAUAGAACAUGAAGACAAUAGUAAAAGCACAACGACAUCUUCCUCAGUCGAGAAAACAACAGGAGAAUUGACAGAGAAAAGUUCAACUUCAAAUUCUCAAUGGUUUGAAGGUGUUGACAUGGAAUCAAGGAACAAUAUGAAUCAAAUUAUACCUAAAGAUGCAAAGAAUGCAAAAUUCAAGAAGGGAAUGGUGUUACCCUUUCAGCCUCUAUCACUUGUUUUUGAAAAUGUGAAUUAUUAUAUCGAUAUGCCAAAUGAAAUGAAGAAGCAAGGAACUAAAGAGAAUAGACUCCAACUACUAAGAGACAUAAAUGGUGCAUUUAGGCCUGGAAUUUUAACAGCAUUGGUUGGUGUUAGUGGUGCUGGAAAAACCACCUUGAUGGAUGUUCUUGCAGGAAGGAAAACCAGUGGUUAUAUUGAAGGAAGUAUCAACAUAUCUGGCUAUCCUAAAAAACAAGAAACUUUUGCUCGGAUUAGCGGUUAUUGUGAACAAAAUGAUAUACAUUCUCCACAUAUUACAAUCUAUGAAUCUCUUAUGUUUUCUGCUUGGUUGCGUCUUAGUAAAGAGAUUGAUGUAGGAACACGAAAGAUGUUUAUUGAGGAAGUUAUAGAGCUGGUUGAGUUACAUGCAGUUAGAAAUUUCAUAGUCGGCCUUCCUGGAAUAGAUGGCUUAUCAACUGAGCAGAGAAAGAGGCUUACAAUUGCAGUAGAAUUGGUUGCAAAUCCUUCCAUUAUAUUUAUGGAUGAGCCAACAACUGGUCUUGAUGCUAGAGCUGCAGCAGUUGUUAUGCGUACUGUUAGAAACACUGUUGAUACAGGAAGAACUGUUGUAUGCACAAUUCAUCAACCAAGUAUUGAUAUAUUUGAACAUUUUGAUGAGUUGCUUUUGAUGAAGAGUGGUGGACAAGUGAUAUAUGGUGGUCCUCUAGGUCGAAAUUCAGAGAAACUUAUAGAGUACUUUGAGGCUAUUACAGGAAUUCCAAAGAUUAAAGAUAGAUAUAAUCCAGCCACAUGGAUGUUGGAGAUAAGUUCUCCUUUGGUUGAGUCUCGGCUUAAUAUAGAUUUUGCUGAGUUAUACACUAAGUCAAGCCUUUACCAAAGUAACCAGGAACUUAUCAAGGAACUGUCCAUAUCAGCACCUGAAACAAAGGACCUUCACUUUCCAUCUAAAUACUCACAAUCCUUUAUUACUCAGUGCAUCGCUUGCUUCUGGAAACAAUAUUGCUCCUAUUGGAAGAAUCCACAAUAUAUUGUUGUGAGAUUCUUUAUCACCAUAGUUAUCGGUGUUAUGUUUGGACUUAUAUAUUGGAAAAAAGGAGAUAAGAUGGAAAAGGAACAAGACCUUUUGAAUCUUGUUGGAGCCAUGUAUGCAUCUGUUAUUUUCCUCGGUGCAACCAACACUAGCAGUGUGCAACCUAUUGUGGCAAUAGAAAGAACAGUUCUCUACCGUGAAAGGGCUGCUGGAUUAUACUCAGAACUACCAUAUGCAAUUGGUCAGGUAGCAAUUGAAGUAGUUUAUGUUGCAAUCCAAAGUCUGAUAUAUUCCAUUAUCCUUUACUGGAUGAUUGGGUUUGAACAACAAGUUGAAAAUUUCUUUUGGUUCUACUUCUUCAUAUUCAUGUCUUUUAUCUACUUCACACUAUAUGGAAUGAUGACUGUGGCUCUGACACCAAACCACCAAAUUGCUGCAAUCGUUAUGUCUUUCUUCAUCAGUUUUUGGAACCUGUUCUCUGGUUUUGUUAUUCCAAGAACGCAAAUUCCAAUAUGGUGGAGGUGGUAUUAUUGGGCAUCUCCUGUGGCAUGGACUAUAUAUGGACUGGUGACAUCCCAAGUGGGUGACAAGAACAGUCCAAUAGAAGUUCCUGGAUUUAGGCCCAUGACAGUAAAAGAUUAUCUUGAGAGGCAGUUGGGCUUUGAACACGAUUUCCUUGGAUUUGUUGCUUUGGCUCAUUUAGCCUUUAGCUUUAUCUUCCUUUUUGUAUUUGCUUAUGGCAUCAAGUUUUUAAACUUCCAGAAAAGAUAAUCACACAUGGUAUAUAUGAAUAUCAAAACUAAGAAUAAUUUUUCAUACAAAAUUAUAUUAGGUAAAAUUUCUUGCAAAAUAAAUAUGCAAAACUUAUAUCCUUUCAUGAUAUGUUGUCAA